AUGGCUUCGGAGAAAUAUCCCCCUGCUGUGAUCACCACAGACCAGACUGCUGAAGAAGAGCGCAACAUUGAAACAUGCAAAGAAUACAUGGCCAUUGCAUAUUCGCCCCGCGAGAACAAAGGAGGAGAUUCAGUGCGCCACCUCUGCCGCGAUGACAGCUGGUUUUGGUCUCCAGCCACCUUUCCCGGCUGCGAGACGCCUAUGGACUAUGCGGCGUCGCAUUCGAUCGUGAUGCAAAGUGUCGCCGACCUCCAUAUCAUCCGGUUCGAUCAGGUGUUUGCGAAAAAUGGUCAUGUCUUGCUCAGAUAUACCGCUGAAGGGAGUCACUGUGGGAAACCCUACAAAGGCAUUCCAGCAUCUGGCAAACAUGCCAAGUGGAGCGCAGCAGCCAUUUUUGAAGUCGAAGAUGGAAAGAUCAAGUCGUUCACCAAGGAUUGGGACCAGAAAACAAUGCAGAUUCAGUUGGGAUGGGCACCAGUCAAGGAGAGUGAAGACCCAAGAUGGAAUGCAGAGGCACUGGCGAACCCAGAGCGGGCGAGAAAGCAGAAGGAAUGA